AGAUUCACCAUGGCAACUACCGGCAUGCAGCUGCUCGGCCUGGUCCUGUCCAUCAUAGGUUGGGUGGGCGGGUUCCUGGUGUGCACCCUGCCCAUGUGGAGGGUCACCGCCUUCAUCGGAAACAACAUUGUAACAGCGCAGAUCACAUGGGAGGGCCUGUGGAUGAAUUGCAUCUGGCAGAGCACAGGGGAGAUUCAGUGCAAGGUGUAUGACAGCCUUCUGGCUCUUCCUAGUGACAUGAAGGCCGCCCGUGGUUUGACGGUUCUUGCUUUGCUCAUCUGCACCCUGGCGCUCACACUCGGUGUUCUGGGUAUCAAGUGCACAGAGUGCGUGGGCCUCCCAAGCCUCAAAGCGCGCUUGGCACGAGUGUCCGGCGUGCUUUUUGUCAUCGCGGGGUUCCUCAUCCUCGUACCUGUCUGCUGGACAGCCCAUUCCAUCAUCAGGGAUUUCUAUGACCCCUAUGUGGCGGCUCCUCACAAACGUGAGCUUGGCCCCGCACUCUACCUGGGCUGGGGGGGUUCGGCUUUGCUCUUGAUCGGUGGAUCGCUCCUCUACGCAGGGUCCAAUCCCCCUGGGAUUCCCUCUUCUCCUACAUUUAGCAGCGGCGAGAGCAGCCCACGUCGAGCGGGGGGACCAGCUCAGGUCAAAGGUUAUGUUUAAUGACCAGCAGCGACACGCCAGUCCCCGGAAGCCUUCUCUGCUAGAGUUUCCCAUUGUGAUAGAUUCAAGUUAAUUUUAAUCUAUUUUUUAUCAUUCAGAAUAUUUCUGUAGUCUGAUGGAGGCAGUGAAUAGAAAUGUGAAAUCAAGUUUCCUUGCCACCUCUAAUGUCCACUCAUAAGUCUGUCUAUCUCUGUAUUUGUCUAUUAUGUUAUUCAGUAAUAAAACCUUAAAUCCUU